CUUUGGCUUAAGAGAAUCAUGGCUGCGCACUGUUCAUCAAUGGUGUUUUUAUUUACGUUUUUUCGUGUUUUCGCUUAUUUAAAACAGAGGAAUGUAGACAGAGUUUGGCUUCGAGUAUAAAUUUACCAAAAGACAUCAGGGGAUUUCUAUUGUUAAAGCUUUAUUUGCAUCAGGAACGCUGAAACAAGUGUUGUUUGAUAGCUAGCGGGUCAGAUAGCCGCCUGUCGCUGGUCCGAAUUGAGUUGUUGUAAACUCAGUUCACACUAAAUUACUUCGUGCUGCAAGGGCAAUGAUUGUAUAGCUUGUUAGUUAACUGCUACAAUAAUUACUAUAACUCGAGCGCAAUACGGGAACACCAUAGUUAUCUAUUCAUAGCUAUGUUUACCCCUGUAAAGUCGUCUUAUUUCAGAGUCAGUCCCACUACUAUCAACAGAGAGCUAGGCAAGACCAAGAUGAGAUAGCAAGAGGAGUUAUUAGUUAGCUUGCUGCGCGACGGUGAACACAAUUUGAAACUAAAUUCAGUCCCCAGAAGGUGCGUUUCACGGGACAUAGAAAUAGAGCACAGACACAAGCCCAGGCAUGUUUGGGAGUCUUUUCGAGGAAGAGGAGGAGGGAUUUUCUCCGGCUCCCUCCGGAGGUAGAGUUGUGAAGGGGGAAUGGGACCCACCUCCACCCCGGGGAAGAGUGAAUCUCAGCGGGAUAAAAAACCAGGGAGGGACGUGCUACCUCAACUCCCUGCUCCAGACCCUGCUCUUCACCCCGGAGUUCAGAGGUGAGAGGUCAGGUCAGGUCACUUGGUGUUCUGUCUUUGGUUCAUACUGUAUUUGCAAUACCUAAUGUGUGUGUGUGUGUGUGUGUAGAGGAACUGUUCAGUCUGGGUCCAGAGGAAUUGGGCUGCCUGGAGGACAAAGACAAACCAGAGGCCAAGGUAAGGAACCAACCAUGGGAGAGUGUGUGUGUAUUCCUCACUGUGGAAUACAUGCCUUUAUUUGUAUUGAUGUGUGUGUGCAUAGUACAUUAACACUCUCUCUCCCCAGGUCAGGGUCAUUCCAUUGGAGCUCCAGAGGCUGUUUGCUCGUCUACUCUUGGUGGACCAACAGAGUGCCUCUACUGCUGAUCUCACUGACAGCUUCGGAUGGAACAACAGUGAGGUAGUGUGUGUGUGUACACGAGCGUGUGUACGAGUGUGUGUAUGAAUGGCGUUGUGUGUGACGUAGGGACUAAACUAGAGAAUGAGGCUUGCUUUAUAUAAUGCUACAUCGCUUUCUCCUACAUCAUUUUGCUUACCACUCUCAUCUCUCUCCCGUAGGAGAGCAGGCAACAUGACGUGCAGGAGUUGAACAGGAUUCUGUUCAGUGCCCUAGAGCACUCCCUGGUGGACACCAGCGGUAGUGCGUUCAUCCACCGCCUCUACCAUGGCACCACUGUUAACAGCAUAGUCUGCAAAGUGUGUGGCAACGUCAGCCAGAGACAGGUACAUGUGUUUGAGUGUUUAUCUGUACCUGUGUGUAUCUUUGUGUUGCUGACACUCUCUUUGACUUUCUCUCUCUCUCUCUCUUUUAUUUCUCUCUUCUCUCCUCUUUCUCUUGGCUCUCUCCCUCUCUCUCUCCCUCUCAGGAGGACUUCCUGGACCUGACAGUGUGUGUACGUGGUGUGUGUGGCCUGGAGGGGGCGCUCUGGGACAUGUUUGUGGAAGAGGAGAUGUUUGAAGGCAGUAACCUCUACCGCUGUGGCCAGUGUGACCAUCUAGUCACUGCUGCUAAGGUUAGUAGGAGUAUUGGCCAAGAUUGAAAUUGCAUUUGUUUAUUCUAGAAUUGGUACUGAUUCCAGAACUCUCCCUCUCUCCCUCCCUCUCAUUCGCUCUCUCUCUCUCUCUCCCCCUCCCUCUCCCUCUCUGUAGUCUGCCAAGCUGAGGAAGCUCCCUCCCUUCCUGACAGUGUCUCUGUUGAGGUUUAACUUUGACUUUGCCAAGUGCGAGCGUUACAAGGAGACUGGUCGCUACACCUUCCCUCUCGCCAUCAACCUCAGGCCGUUCUGUGAACAGGUAAUGGACAACCUCCACCCACAUUUAUCUGCAUUGCCUUACUACCACUUAUGUACUCUAAAUUACUUAGUUAAAACAAUGUAAAACCAUUUAUUAACAUUUAUGUCGCAUUAUAACCCCUAAUGACUAUGCUAUGUCACCCUCUCUCCCAGACUGAAGGCGAGGACUCGCAGUACGCCUAUGAACUCUUCUCUGUCAUCAUCCAUAAGGGAGGCUGCUAUGGCGGCCAUUACCACGUCUACAUCAAAGACAUGGACCACCUCGGCUUGUGGGAUCCGCCGGUGAGAGAGAGGGGGAGGGAGGAGGAGAGAAGAAUAAUUGCAUAUCGGACAAUCGAGGCUUAUGUCACUAAAUAUGCUAAUAGCCAAGUGUGUCUUUGUAUUUACGUGUGUGCGUUUGUAUCAGGAGGAGGAUUCCAAACCCAAGGUUCAGAAGAAGAAGGAGGAAGUGAGAGUGUGUCCUGAGCCCGAGAAAGACGACCCUCUAUCUGUACUCUCCUCCAUAAUAGCCCAGGUAAAGCAAAGCAUGCUGGUUCAAUCCAAUGGAACAAGAGCACCAUGGGCAACAUCAUCAGUAGGUCCAGUGACUGUAUCUGAACUUAAUGUGGUGUUGUUCCCCUCCUGGCCUGUAGGAGGAGAGCAGGAGCGUGCUGCUGGACCAGCUGGGCCAGAGACUGAUGGACAAGAUCGGCUCUUCCUGGAGCAAGAAGUACAGGAAACUCCACGGCCCCAUAGGCAAGGUAGGACAAGACUGAUGGGCAUCCCCAAGAGCUCCACAAUGUCACAUAAACACUGACCUUUCUUUAUCUCCUCUAAAUCUUUCUACAUUUUCUCCUUCCACUCAUCCCCCUCUCCCUCUCUCCUCCUCUCUCCCUCUGUAGUUCCUCGAGAACCACAGUGAUGUGUUUGUGUUGGUCAAUAACGGCACUCGGGUGGUUCUGAAAGCCAACCCCCCUAGCCCGGUGACUCAGCCCCCCGAGCCCAGCCCACCAAACCCCUGGCACUAGCUCUACCCCUACCUCAGACCCAGUCCAAAACAACACAGCCAACCCCCAACCAGAAUCAGGACUGGAGACAGAAUCGAAGACAGCACUAGAACCACAGGUAACACUAGUUAGAGCUUUAAUGAUGGCUUUUACAAUUAAAUAAUGAUGGUAUGUUUGCUAUGUUAAUGCUGCAAUUGGUUAUAUUUUCAUCUCUUUUCUCUUUCUGUCUCUCCAUUCAUUCAUCCAUCCAUCUCUUUCUUUCUCUCUCUGUCUCUCCACAGGGCAGCCACUGGUUUGAUCUGAAUGACUCCACAGUGACGUCUAUCCAUGAGAGAGACAUAGAGAAAAUGUACCAGGGAAAAGAGAGCGCCUACAUGCUGUUCUAUAGGAAAACACUGCUACACAGGCCUGCUGAAGGUACGUGUGUGUUUGUGUGUGGGAGAGAGGAGUCCGAAGGAAAGGGAGGGAGAGACUGAGUGAGCGCAAGAAAAGGAGAGCCACAUCCAAACUUAAUGCUAGUGGGAGAGAAGGAGAGAGAUCGUGAAGGAGAGAAGUGAAAAUGCACACAGUCUUUAAAAUGAGCUUUUCCCCCUGGCAGCCCUGAGGAAUCCUGGGUAUAAGGUUCCCCCUCACCUCUUGGAGAUGGCUGAAGAGGAGAACAGAAGACUACAACAGAGACGGUACUCGCGUACACACACACAGACACUUUAUUUUGCCAUGUUUUGCUGAUGUUUUCUGGCUAUCCGUUUAUGUGUGUGUGUACUCUGCUAUAGGGAGGAGUUUGAGGCCAGCAAUAACAGUGUUGAGCUGCGUCUCCACCUGGCGCCGCGCUAUAGGUUGGAGAACGGAGCUCUUAAACCAAUCAGCAUAGAGCAGAAAGAGGCCACCAACCUCACCUUCGACCGCCGCAGGAACGUAGGAGACCUGCGAAUGACCAUCUACCAGGUGACAUCAUCACUCCGACUCAUUAACUCACUUCCUUAAUGACGCCAUGGCACUUUGCAAAAAGCUCAAAUCAGUGUGUGUGUUCAGAUGCAGGAUCUCUGGGAGGGGGAUAUGGCUCUGACUGUGGCCAAAAGUCUACCAGCUGGCCUACAUCUCUACAACACUCUCACAGGUGACACACACACACUUUUGCAACAUUCUGUGACAUCCAUUCUGUGAGAGUUGAUACUGAACUUUAGUGCGUGUGUGUUUCAGAUGACGAGGUGUCUCUUUACAGUGCUGGCAUCUUGACCGGCGCUGAUCUGUUUGUGUGGAACGGCAGAGAGGUGAGGAGACACAAUCGAAUCAACACAAUCCACCAUUGUACACACUGCUACUGGACCUCCUAGAACCAAAAUGGCUGUCGGGUCAUACCAUAUCCCCUUUGUUUCCUCAGGUUUGUGGAGCGACUGUCCAAACAGGAGCCGAGUGGGAACCAGUGCUGCUGACCGUGGUUCGCCCCUCUCUGGGAGAAGAGGAGGGGGAGGGAGGGGAUGAGGAGGGGGGAGGCGAGGGAGAGGAAGGAGGCUCGGGGCUGACGAAGCAGUCGAGGGGGUUCGCUGGGAGGGUGACUCUAGGAGAGGUGAGGGAGGCGUUAGGGGAGCCACAGGAGAGCCUCCUGUGUCAGGAGAAGAGGGGAGGAGAGGGAGGAGGAAAGGGAGGCGGGGCCAGCGGGUGGAGGGUGUUCCCUCCUGGAGACAUGCAGAGGACUCUGAGGGAGCUGGCCUUGAAGGAUGGAGACGCACUGCUGGUGCUGGAGCCACACACACAGGACAGCAGGUGGGUGGUGUGUGUGGAAGUGUGUCAGUCUACGUAAGUGAGUGACAGACAUGAGGUGUAGUUGUUGUGUUUGCUAUGGCUGUGUGUGUGUGUAAUGUCUCUCUCUCCCAGUGUGUUCAGUGUGAGUGGUGAUAUGGUAACCGUGACAACACCAUCAGACUGUCGCUGGCUUCAGGUGGAAUACCGGCCGGAGAGAAGAAGAGGAGGAGGAGGAGAGGGGGAGAUGGAGGAGGAGAGGAUGAGGGCAAAAGUCCCUGCAUCUGGAAACAUGGUGAGCUAGCAAGUGUGUGGGUGUGUUUAGUAUAUUAAUGUGUGUGUGUGUUUAGGAUAUUAAUGUUUGUGUGUGUGUGUUUAGGAUAUUAAUGUGUGUGUGAGUGUGUGUUUAGGAUAUUAAUGUGUGUGUGUUUAGGAUAUUAAUGUGUGUGUGUUAAGUAUAUUAAUGUGUGCGUGUGUGUUUAGUAAAUUAAUGUGUGUGUGUAGUAUAUUAAUGUGUGUGUGUCUGUGUGUGUAGUAUAUUAAAUUAAUGUGUGUGUGUAGUUAGUAAUGUGUGCAUGUGUGUUUAGUAAAUGAAUGUGUGUGUGUGUGUUUAGUAUAUUAAUGUGUGUGUGUGUAGUAUAUUAAUGUGUGUGUGGUGUGUGUGUGUGUGUGUGUGUGUGUAGUAUAUUAAUGUGUGAUUAGUAUAUUUUAGUGUGUGUGUUUAGUAUAAUUUAGUGUGUGUGUUUAGUAUAAUUUAGUGUGUGUGUUUAGUAUAAUUUAGUGUGUGUGUGUGUGAUUAGUAUAUUUUUGUGUGUGUGUUUAGUAUAAUUUAGUGUGUGUGUUUAGUAUAAUUUAGUGUGUGUUGUUGUUUAGUAUAUUAAUGGUGUGGGUUGUGUGUGUGUUCGUAUAAUUUAGUGUGGUGUGUGGCUUCUCUUCUAGGCUGCAGGUGUGAGGUGAAACACAGAGGGCCAUUAGUGGACGCUGCAAGCUACAGGAGCGCUAAGCAGGUCAGAUACGGUUAGAUUACCACUUCCUAAUAACAAUCAGCUAUAGGUCAGAUAAUGGUUAUUAUUACCACUCCUAAUAGCAUCAGCUAUAGGUCAGAUUACUGUUAUUUAUUAUACCAGCUCCUCAUAUCGCAUUCAGCUAUAGGUCAGAUACUGUUAUUAUUACCACUCUAAUAACAAGCUAGAGGUCGAUACUGUUAUUAUUACCACCCUAAUAGCAUGUAUAGGUCAGAAUGUUUUAUUUCCACCCUAAUAGCAUGUAUGGUCAGAUAGUUAUUUUUUACCACUCCUAAUAGCACAGUGAGGUCAGAUACGUUUUUAUUACCACUCCAAAAGAUCGCUAUGGUCAGAUACUGUUUUAUUACCAAAUCCUAAUGCAUCACUAUGGUCAGAUACUGUUUUAUUUCCCCCUCCCAAUAACAUCAGUUAGGUCAAUAUGUUUUAUUACCCCUCCCAUAGCAUAAACAAGGUCAGAUACUGUUAUUUUUACCACUCCUAAUAACAUCAGUAUAGGUCGAUACUUUUAUUUUUACCACCAAUAGAUAGCAUAGGCAGAUACGUUAUUUUUACCACCCCAAAGCAUCAGCAUAGGUCAGAUACGUUUUAUUACCAUCCUAAUAGCAUCAGUAUAGGUCAGAUAGUUUUUAACCACCCUAAUAGCUCAGUAUAGGUCGUUAUAUUAUUACCCACUCCUAUAGCAUCAGUAUAGGUCAGAACUGUUUAUUAUUACCACUCCUAAUAACAUCAGCUAUAGAUCAGAUACUGUUAUUAUUACCACUCCUAAUAGCAUCAGCUAUAGGUCAGAUACUGUUAUUAUUACACUCUAAUAGCAUCAGCUAUAGGUCAGAUACUGUUAUUAUUACCACUCCUAAUAGCAUCAGCUAUAGGUCAGAUACUCGUUAUUAUUACACUCUAAUAGCAUCAGCUAUAGGUCAGAUACUGUUAUUAUACCAUCCUAAUAGCAUCAGCUAGCAGGUCAGAUACUGUUAUUAUUACCACUCCUAAUAGCAUCAGCUAUAGGUCAGAUACUGUUAUUAUUACCACUCCUAAUAGCAUCAGCUAGCAGGUCAGAUACUGUUAUUAUUACCACUCCUAAUAGAAUCAGCUAUAGGUCAGAUGCUGUUAUUAUUACCACUCUAAUAGAUCAGCUAGCAGUCAGAUACUGUUAUAUUACCACUCCUAAUAGCAUCAGCUAGCAGGUCAGAUACUGUUAUUAUUACCACUCCUAAUAGCAUCAGCUAUAGGUCAGAUACUGUUAUUAUUACCACUCCUAAUAGCAUCAGCUAUAGGUCAGAUACUGUUAUUAUUACCACUCCUAAUAACAUCAGCUAUAGGUCAGAUACUGUUAUUAUUACCACUCCUAAUAGCAUCAGCUAUAGGUCAGAUACUGUUAUUAUUACCACUCCUAAUAGCAUCAGCUAUAGGUCAGAUACUGUUAUUAUUACCACUCCUAAUAGCAUCAGCUAGCAGGUCAGAUACUGUUAUUAUUACCACUCCUAAUAGCAUCAGCUAUAGGUCAGAUACUGUUAUUAUUACCACUCCUAAUAGCAUCAGCUAUAGGUCAGAUACUGUUAUUAUUACCACUCCUAAUAACAUCAGCUAUAGGUCAGAUUACUGUUAUUAUGACCACUCCUAAUAGCAUCAACUAUAGGUCAGAUACUGUUAUUAUUACCCAACUUCAUAAUAGCAUCAGCUAUAGGUCAGAUACUGUUAUUAUUACCACUCCUAAUAGCAUCAGCUAUAGGUCAGAUACUGUUAUUAUUACCACUCCUAAAACAUCAGCUAUAUAGUAGUUAUUAUUACCCUCCCAAUAGAUCAGAUAGGGUAGUUAUAUUACCAUCCCAAUAGCAUCAGUAAAAGGGGAUACUGUUAUUAUUUCCAUCCAAAGCAUCGUAGGUAGAUAGUUAUGAUUACCUCCUAAUGCAUACUGCAGGUCGAUACUGUUUAUUAUUACCACUCCCAAAAAUCAGCUUAGGCAGUUGUUAUUAUUUCCAUCCCAAUGCAUCGCUAUAGGUAGAUAUUUUUAUUUCCCCUCCCAAUGCAUCAGCUAUAGGGCAGAUACUGUUUAUUACCCUCCAAUCUCGCUAUAGGGCAGAUACUGUAUUAUUACACCCUAAUAGCAUCAGCUAUAGGGCGUAUGUUAUUUUUCCCCCCUCCUAAAGAUCAGCUUAGGUCAGAUCUGUUAAAUUUACCCUCCUAAUAGCUCAGCUUAGGUAGUACUGUUAUUUUACCCCUCCCAAUAGCAUCAGCUAUAGGGCAGAUCUGUUUUUAUUACCACUCCUUAAUAGCAUCAGCUAUAGGUCAGAUCUGUUAUUAUUACCACUCCUAAUAGCAUCAGCUAUAGGUCAGAUACUGUAUUAUUACCACUCCUAAUAGCAUCAGCUAUAGGUCCAGAUACUGUUAUUAUUACCACUCCUAAUAGCAUCAGCUAUAGGUCAGAUACUGGUUAUUAUUACCACACUCCUAUAGCAUCAGCUAUAGGUCAGAAUACUGUUAUUAUUACCACUCCUAUCAGCAUCAGCUAUAGGUCAGGAUACUGUUAUUAUUACCACUCCUAAUAGCAUCAGCUAGCAGGUCAGAUACUGUUAUUAUUACCACUCCUAAUAACAUCAGCUAUAGGUCAGAUACUGUUAUUAUUACCACUCCUAAUAGCAUCAGCUAGCAGGUCAGAUACUGUUAUUAUUACCACUCCUAAUAACAUCAGCUAUAGGUCAGAUACUGUUAUUAUUACCACUCCUAAUAGCAUCAGCUAGCAGGUCAGAUACUGUUAUUAUUACCACUCCUAAUAGCAUCAGCUAGCAGGUCAGAUACUGUUAUAUUACCACUCCUAAUAGAUAGCUAUAGGUCAGAUACUGUUAUUAUUACCACUCCUAAUAGCUCAGUAUAGGUCAGAUACUGUUAUUAUUACCACUCCUAAUAGCAUCAGCUAUAGGUCAGAUACUGUUAUUAUUACCACUCCUAAUAGCAUCACUAUAGGUUCAGAUAACUGUUAUUAUUACCACUCCUAAUAGCAUCAAGCUAUAGGUCAGAUACUGUUAUUAUUACCACUCCCUAAUAGCCUCAGCUAUAGGUCAGAUACUGUUAUUAUUACCACUCUAAUAGCAUCAGCUAUAGGUCAGAUACUGUUAUUAUUACCACUCCUAAUAGCAUCAGCUAGCAGGUCAGAUACUGUUAUUAUUACCACUCCUAAUAACAUCCGAUAUAGGUCAGAUACUGUUAUUAUUAACCACUCCUAAUAGCAUCAGCUAUAGGUCAUGAUACUGUUAUUAUUACCACUCCGAAUAGCAUCAGCUAUAGGUCAGAUAGCUGUUAUUAUUACCACUCCUAAUAGCAUCAGCUAUAGGUCAGAUACUGUUAUUAUUACCACUCCUAAUAGCAUCAGCUAGCAGGUCAGAUACUGUUAUUAUUACCACUCCUAAUAACAUCAGCUAUAGGUCAGAUCUGUUUAUAUUACCACUCCCUAAUAGCAUCAGCUAUAGGUCAGAUACUGUAUUAUUACCACUCCUAAUAGCAUCAGCUAUAGGUCAGAUACUGUUAUUAUUACCACUCCUAAUAGCAUCGUAAGUCAGGUCAGAUAUGUUAUUAUUACCACUACCUAAUAGCAUCAGCUAUAGGUCAGAUACUGUUAUUAUUACCACUCCUAAUAGCAUCAGCUAUAGUCAGAUACGUUAUUAUUACCACUCCUAAUAGCCUCAGCUAUAGGUCAGAUACUGUUUAUUAUUACCACUCCUAAUAGCAUCAGCUAGAGGUCAGAUACUGUUUUUAUUACCACUCCUAAUAGCAUCAGCUAGAGGUCAGAUACUGUUAUUAUUACCACUCCUAAUAGCCAUCAGCUAUAGGUCAGAUACUGUUAUAUUACCACUCCUAAUAGCAUCAGCUAUAGGUCAGAUUACUGUUAUUAUUACCACUCCUAAUCAGCCAUGCAGCUAUAAGGUCAGAUACUGUUAUUAUUACCACUCCUAAUAGCAUCAGCUAUAGGUCAGAUACUGUUAUUAUUACCACUCCUAAUAGCAUCAGCUAUAGGUCAGAUACUGUUAUUAUUACCACUCCUAAUAGCAUCAGCUAGCAGGUCAGAUACUGUUAUUAUUACCACUCCUAAUAACAUCAGCUAUAGGUCAGAUACUGUUAUUAUUACCACUCCUAAUAACAUCAGCUAUAGGUCAGAUACUGUUAUUAUUACCACUCCUAAUAGCAUCAGCUAGCAGGUCAGAUACUGUUAUUAUUACCACUCCUAAUAACAUCAGCUAUAGGUCAGAUACUGUUAUUAUUACCACUCCUAAUAGCAUCAGCUAGCAGGUCAGAUACUGUUAUUAUUACCACUCCUAAUAGCAUCAGCUAGCAGGUCAGAUACUGUUAUUAUUACCACUCCUAAUAGCAUCAGCUAUAGGUCAGAUACUGUUAUUAUUACCACUCCUAAUAGCAUCAGCUAUAGGUCAGAUACUGUUAUUAUUACCACUCCUAAUAGCAUCAGCUAUAGGUCAGAUACUGUUAUUAUUACCACUCCUAAUAGCAUCAGCUAUAGGUCAGAUACUGUUAUUAUUACCACUCCUAAUAGCAUCAGCUAGCAGGUCAGAUACUGUUAUUAUUACCACUCCUAAUAACAUCAGCUAUAGGUCAGAUACUGUUAUUAUUACCACUCCUAAUAGCAUCAGCUAGCAGGUCAGAUACUGUUAUUAUUACCACUCCUAAUAACAUCAGCUAUAGGUCAGAUACUGUUAUUAUUACCACUCCUAAUAGCAUCAGCUAGCAGGUCAGAUACUGUUAUUAUUACCACUCCUAAUAGCAUCAGCUAGCAGGUCAGAUACUGUUAUUAUUACCACUCCUAAUAACAUUCAGCUAUAGGUCAGAUUUACUGUUAUUAUUACCACUCCUAAUAGCAUCAGUAUAGGUCAGAUACUGUUAUUAUUACCACUCCUAAUAGCAUCAGCUAUAGGUCAGAUACGUUAUUAUUACCACUCCUAAUAGCAUCAGUAUAGGUCAGAUACGUUAUUAUACCACUCCUAAUAACAUCAGCUAUAGGUCAGAUACUGUUAUUAUUACCACUCCUAAUAGCAUCAGAUAUAGGUCAGAUACUGUUAUUAUUACCACUCCUAAUAGCAUCAGCUAUAGGUCAGAUACUGUUAUUAUUACCACUCCUAAUAGCAUCAGAUAUACGGUCAGAUUACUGUUAUUAUUACCACUCCUAAUAACUCAGCUAUAGGUCAGAUACUGUUAUUAUUACCACUCCUAAUAGCAUCACGCUAUAGGUCAGAUACUGUUAUUAUUACCACUCCUAAUAGCAUCCGCUAUGGUCAGAUACUGUUAUUAUACCACACUCCUAAUAGCAUCAGCUAUAGGUCAGAUACUGUUAUUAUUACCACUCCUAAUAGCAUCAGCUAUAGGAACCAGAUACUGUUAUUUAUUACCACUCCUAAUAGCAUAGCUAGCAGGUCAGAUACUGUUAUUAUUACCACUCCUAUAGCAUCAGCUAGCAGGUCAGGAUACUGUUAUUAUUACCCCACUCCUAAUAGCAUCAGCUAGCAUUCUUAUUUUCCACUCCCAAAGCAUAGCUAGCAGGUCGAUACGUUUUUACCACUCCUAAAAAAGCUAAGGUCAGUACGUUUUUUUACCACUCUAAUAAAUAGCUAUAGGUAGAUACGUUUUAUUCCCCCUUAAUGCAUCAGCUUGGUAGAUAUGUUAUUAACCACUCCCAAAAGAUCAGCUAAGGUCAGAUUUCUGUUUUUAUUUCCCCUAAUAGUAGCUAGCAGGUCAGAUACUGUUAUUAUUACCACUCCUAAAACAUCGCUAUGGUCAGAAUGUUUUUAUACCACUCUAAAAGCAUAGAUAGGUGAUAAAUUUUUAUUACCACUCCCAAUAGCAUCGUAUAGGUCAGAUAUGUUUUUAUUACCCCUCCCAAUAAAUCAGCUAGGUCAGAAUUAUUAUUACCCCUCCUAAAAACAUAGCUAAGGUCAGAUACGUUAUUUUACCACCCCCUAAUAAAUCAGAUAGGUCAGAUACGUUAUUAUUACCACUCCUAAUGCAGCGCUAUAGGUCAGAUAUGUAUUUUUAAACCCCCUAUGCAUCAGUAAGGUCAGAUACUGUAUUAUUUCCACUCCCAAAAGCAUCGUAAAGGGGCAGAAGGGUUUUUAUUUCAAAUCAAUAAAACAGUAGCGGGCAGUACUGUUAUUAUUCCACUCCUAAUAGCAUAGCUAUGGUCAGAAGUUAUUAUUACCCUCUAAUAAAAGUUAGGUCAGUACUGUUUAUUUCCCCUCCUAUAGCAUCACAUAGGUCAGAUUGUUAUUAUUACCACUCCUUAAAGAUAGUAAGGUCAGUUGUUAUUUUACCCUCCUAAAGCAUAGAUAGGUCAAUCUUUUAUUAACUCCAAAAGCAAGCUAUAGGUUUAGUACGUUUUAUUACCCCUCCUAAUACAUGUAUAGGUCAGAUUUUCUGUUAUUAUCCAUCCUUUAAAAUCAGCUAAGGUCAGAUACUGUUAUUAACCACCCUAAAGCAUCAGUAUAGGUCAGAAAUGUUUUAUUUCCACUCCAAUAAAUAGCUUAGGUCAAUACUUUUAAAUUUCCCUCCUAAUAGCUCAGUAUAGGUAGAUACUGUUAUUAUUCCCUCCUAAAAGAAUAAAUUAGGUCAGAUAUGUUAUUUUUACCACCCCAAAAGGACAGCUAUGGGAGAUACUGUUUUAUUACCCCUCCUAAUAGCAUCAGCUAUAGGUCGAUAUGUUAUUAUUUCCACCCUAAUAAAAUCAAUUUGGUCAGAUAUGUAUUUUUACCACUCUAAAGCACAGUGCAGGUAGAUUUCGUUAUUAUUACCACUCCUUAGCAUCAGCUAAGGGUUAGAUACUGUUAUUUUACCACCCUAAAACAUCGCUAAGGUCAGAUACUGUUAUUAUUCCACUCCUAAUAAAAUCAGCUAUAGGGCGAACUGUUAUUAUUUCCCCUCCUAAAACACAGUAAGGAGAUCUGUUUUUAUUUCCAUCCAAAACAUCGCAGAGGUCAGAUACUGUUAUUAUUUCCACUCCUAAUAAAAUAGCAUAGGUCAGAUACUGUUUUUUUACCCCCCCAAAAGAUCAGCUUAGGUCAGAUAGUUUUUUUCCACCAAAAGCAUAGUAUAGGUAGAUAUGUUUUUUUACCACUCCUAAUACAGCUAUGGUCGAACUGUUUUUAUUACCACUCCUAAUAGCCAGCUAUAGGUCAGUAUGUUAUUAACCCCUCCUAAUGAUCAGCAUAGGUAGAUACUGUUUUAUUUCCACCAAAAACACAGGCAGGCAGAACUGGAUAUUACCAUCUAAUAGCAUCAGCUAAGGUAGAUACUGUAUUUUACACUCCUAAAGCUCAGUUGGUCAGUUUUUUUUUUAUUACCUCCAAUAGAAGCUAUAGGUCAGAUACGUUUUUUAUUACCCCCUAAUAACAUCAGUAUAGGUCAGAUAUGUAUUUUACCACUCCCCCAAAAGCAUCAGUAGCAGGUAGAUAUGUUUUAUUACCACUUAAUAGCAUCAGCUAUAGGUCAGAACUGUUAUUUUACCCACUCUAAAAGCAUCAGCUAUAGGUCAGAUAUGUUAUUAUUACAUCCAAUAAACAGCAAGGUCAAUACUGUUAUUUUUAAUUUUCCUAAUAGAUCAGCAUAGGUCAGAUACUGUUUAUUACCACUCCUAAUAGAUCAGCUAUAGGUCAGAUAUGUUAUUUUUACCUCCUAAUAGCAUCGUAUAGGGCAGAUAUGUUAUAUUACCCCUCCUAAAAAGCAUCAGAUAGGGCGAUAUGUUAUAUUACCCCCUAUAACAUCAGAAGGAGAUAUGUAUUUUACCCCCCUAUGCAUCAGAUGGGCAGAAAGUUAUUUUUACCCCCCUAAUAACAUCAGCUUAGGUAGAUAUGUAUUUUACCACUCCUAAUACAUAGCUAUAGGCAAUACUGUUAUUUUUACCACUCCUAAAAAAUCCCCAUAGGUAAUACUGUUUUUUUCCACUCCAAAACAGCUAUAGGUCAGAUAGUUAUUAUACCACCCCAAUAGAUAGCUAUAGGCAGUACUGUAUUUUACAUCCUAUAACAUAGCUAAGGUAGAUACUGUUAUUAUUUCCCCUCCUAAUAGCAUAGCUGAGGUCAGAAUGUUAUUUUUACCAUCCUAAUAGCAUCGCACAGGUAAUAUGUUAUUAUUUUCAUCCUUUAAAACAUCGAUAGGUCAGAUACUGUAUUAUUUUCCACCCUAAUAACAUCAGCAUAGGUCAGAUAUGUUUUAUACCACUCCUAAAAACUCAGCUUUGGUCAGUACUGUUUAUUUUACCCCUCCAAUAACAUCGUAUAGGUCAGAUUGUUUUUAUACCAUCCAAAACAUCAGCUAGCAGGUCAGUACUGUUAUUAUUUCCCCCUCCUAAUAGCAUAGUAUAGGUCAGAUACUGUUUUAUUACAAAAUCCUAAUGCAUCAGCAUAGGUCAGAUUUUUUUUAUACCACUCCCAAAAGCAUCAGCUAUGGUCAGAUCUGUUUUUAUUUCCAUCCAAUAGCAUCCUAGGUCAAUAUGUUUUAUUACCACUCCAAUAGCAUAGCUAUAGGUCGUACGUUUUUAUUACCCCUCCCAAUAGCAUCAGUAUGGUAGGGGCCCGAUUAUUCCCCCUCCCAAUAACUCGCAGCGGUCAGAUUCUGUUUUUUCCACUCCUAAAAGCAUCAGCUAUAGGUCAGAUACUGUUAUUAUUACCACUCCUAAUAGCAUCAGGUAUAGGUCAGAUAUGUUAUUAUUACCACUUAGAACUAGCAUCAGCUAUAGGUCAGAUACUGUUAUAUUACCACUCCUAAUAACAUCAGCUAUAGGUCAGAUACUGUUAUUAUUACCACUCCUAAUAGCAUCAGCUAGCAGGUCAGUUUUACUGUUAUUAUUACCACUCCUAAUAGCAUCAGCUAUAGGUCAGAUACUGUUAUUAUUACCACUCCUAAUAGCAUCAGCUAUAGGUCAGAUACUGUUAUUAUUACCACUCCUAAUAGCAUCAGCUAUAGGUCAGAUACUGUUAUUAUUACCACUCCUAAUACAGCCAUUAUUAUUAUUGUAGAUGUGUGUGUUGUCUUCCCUGGUGUGUGUAUCUCUGUCCAGGUGGGGCAUGCUGUCUGAGGCAGGUGGACCGUACAGGAAAACUCCUGCCCCCAGGUACUGUAACCCCUAAUGACGCACACACAUGAAAAAAACAUGCAACUCUUACUUCGUGCUAAGUGUGUGUAUGUAUUCAUGCAGGGCACGACAUACAGGGCUGCCCGCUGGUCCGGGAGGUUUUGGAAACCCUCCGGGCCAGUCAAUCAUCCACGUCAGUGGCCCUUUUGUGGCCCAGUGAAUUUCUUUUUGUAAUGAUGCUAUUUAUAAUUGCUGAAAAAACGGACAAAUUCCCGAAGCUGUUACAGUAGUUUGUUAUGUAGAUUAUCACACACACACAGACUAGUUCAUCUGUCGGGCAGCAAGAGUGAGCAGCUCUCCACUGGCUGUCGCAUGGAGCAGCUCACAGAAGAACGACAGCAAUAGGGUUUCUGGUAGGGGAUGUAGGAAUGACGUUUCAACUAAUAAUAUCUACCAGUAAAUGCUAAGGCAACAAUGGGUAUGUAAAACAGGUAUUUAAAAAGUUUGGUCUGAAGUCUUGGUUAAAUCUUUGCAAUGCACAAUUUAGUCAUCAUGCUCUGUUUGAAUGAACAUUUCUAAAGGCUUUCCUUUAAAACCUUCCCAAUGAAAUGUUGACUCCACAGUAGGCCUACCUGGCAGAAUUCUAUCAACAAGAUUUGUAUCAAUAGGGUGGGCAGUUGUUUUGCAAACUCUGCCAUCACAUGUAUAUUGUAGGCUACAUUGUAUGAUGUAGGCUACAUUUUACAGUAGGCCUUCACCGCUAGCCAAACACAAUGGUCUCUUGCAAGGUGAGCAAUUGAAUUCAAGGGCAACUGCACCCUUCCCCCACCCCCCAAAACAUUAGAUUUUUCCCAGACCUCAAGUAGUCUCCCGAUAUGGUUUAAGUAUUGUUGUGGACUUAGAACAUCCAAUGUUUUUUCUAUUUUGAAAAAGGUGAUUUUGAUAGUGAAAAUCUGAGAACUCGGAAACCUGGACAAACUAAACCGGGAACGCUGAAUUUAGCUAAAGAUAAAACAGAUUUUAUAGGGCCCAACAACUGUAGCCUGCUGACUGUUCAAAAUCGCUAACAAUAACACCCUUUUAUGAGAUUGCACAAAUGUUUUAUUUUUUCCCUCCAAUCAAUCAAUUUAAAUGUGAUGUUGUCAAGUUAAAAUGUAACUAUUUGUAUAUGGAGGGUAGGUUAUUAUAGGCUAGCUUGCUCAGUCUGCAAAUUAAAGAUAAAAUCACCUGAUAUUAAAAUGAUGUACACAUCAUCCCCUUUCCUGUGAGAUCUUGGCCCAGGACAGUACUUUUUAAUUUAUUCGGGCCAGUAGCUUUCAGUUGGCACUGGCCCAGUGUGCCACUGGCAAAUUUACCUGAAUGUCAAGCCCUGUCGUGUGUGUGUUGCCUCCCACAGUGUGUGAGGAGCUGAGUGUUCGUGACGCUGGGAUCAGGCUGAUGACCUCCCUGUCCCUCUGUCUUGGAACGGCCCCCAAAGACACACAGCUGUUCCUGUACUUCAGUGUGGGGACAGCACCCGCCUCUGGCUUGGAGGGGGAAAUCAUUGUAGAGCAGUCCAGCACAGUUAAACAGGUGGGGACUGACUGCGUAUCGUUUGGUCGGCCUGCCUGCCUGUGUCUGUCUGUCUGUCAGUCAGACAGUGUCUCUGUGUCUUCAUCUCUGCUAAUGAGUGCUAAUCCUAUCUAUACAUUCUAUUGCAGUGUCUCAAGAAAAUGUUGGAGUCAGCAGGACUUGAAGGUAAAACUGUUGGAUUAUAAAGUGUGUCCCUUCUCCUGUGUGUGCAUUUGUAUUAAUGGUGUGUGUUAAUGGUGUGUGUGUUGUGUGUACAGGGGCCGGUUGGCAUCUAAGGAGGCUGGACUGGUGUGAGGAGGUGGGAGAGGCUUUAAUGGACGAGGUCAGUACCAGAAUUAUAAAAUGGGUUGUGUGGAAGCUGAUUGGUUGAUACAGGGAGUUGUUCACGACAAUCACCAGGUAAUCCUGUUAACAGUUUCAUUUGAAUGAUCAAUGCUCCUCCCAGCCAGGCAAUUCAUAAACUUUAUCUCCCCUGGGAAAAAAAGUGUCUAGACAUUGUUUCCCCAUGCUUCCAUCUUAGCAUUUGGUUUGCAACAGUUGGGGUUUGCCUAAACCCUGUUGCCUGCCUCUCCGACCUGUGCAACAAUGUUGCAGGUUUUUUUUGCGAUCUCCACCGUGCCAUAGAGAAUGAACGUGUCUGGAGGAGACUCAGUGACAAUGGAUAUAUCCAAAGAAAUUACAAUAAAAAUAAAGGUAAAACAAACUAAAAUGCACAUAGUUUGCUGUCAGUUCAGCUGCUUGACUUGAUUGUGUGUUCGCUUUAGUUGACUAGUUGGCAAAGGAGAAGAAGCCAACUUGCAUAGCAAAAAGUGUUUUGCUUAGAACGGACGACCAGUCCGCUUGGCUGACAACCAUGCCAAUAGAAUAGACGACCAGCCCGCUUGGCUAGCAACUUCAGAAUCUCAGAACUAAUGACUGGCUUUUGCCCGGACUAUAUUGUCUGGUGGAAGGGUGAAAUAAAACAAAUGUACUCAUUAAAAUAUAUAUAUUUUAUGAAAACAGGUUGUUAAUCUUUGUUUUAUAUGCUGGCAAUUGUUUUGUGAAAGCAAUAAGGGCACUCGAACCCGGGGAUUAUCGUGAAUUACACCCUCCUAAGGGCUGUUUCCUCGGCCCUCCGCUUCGCGUCGGGCCUAAGAACAGCCCAUAGUCGGGUGUUAUUCUCAUGAUAAUCCCUGGGUUCUAAUAAAUGAUUGCUUAAGCGAAAUCAAGAAGUGGAAUACAUUUUCCAUUCUCUUUUUCACGAACUGCCACAAUCUCUCUCUUGUUUCUUCCACAGGAGGCGUCUCUCUCUGAGCUGAAGAUGAGUCAUGGAGACUCUCUGGUGAUUACUGAGGGACGACUUCCUCCCAAGGUACACUCAACUUCCUGUCCACUUCUUGUUCUCUUACAACCCCGCUCUACAGACACUUAUUCCCUCUCUCACGUCCCCCCCCUCUCUUUCUCAGGGUUUUCUGAAGCUGUCAGUCUGGCUGUAUGUGGAGCCGAGCGCCAACCCUGUGGUCUCCAUGGAAACAGAGGUCAACUGCAAUGCCGAGGGGUCCAAGGAAGGUCAGCGGUUGGAGGUCAUGACUGCAGGUGAGCCACACAUACACACACAGUAUGAAACUAGGUAUGAAACUAAGUCCACUGGUUAAAAUGUUGUGUGUGUUUAGUGGGCGGGGCCAUGGCGGAGCUGAGGACUGUGGGACAGGUGGAGAUCUCAGAGGAGGCUACACUGGAAGAGCUGAAGACUCAGGUAGUGUGUGUGUGUGUGUGUGUGUUGAUACUGCUCCUUCUAGCAUGUGUAUGCCCAUGCUGUGUUUGUGUUCAUACUCUGUCUGUGUGUUAGGUGCUGACCCUGCCGUCGCUGCAGUGUGUGUGUGUGCCCACUCCUGCUUUUCUGCGCGUGUGGCAGCUGGAGGGACAGAGACUGACCCGGUAUCCUCAGAGGACAACAACACACACUCAGGUACACACACACACUCCCCCCUCUCACUCCUGUCUAUCUCCUCUCCUCCCUCUCACUCCUGUCUAUCUCCUCUCCUCCCUCUCACUCCUGUCUAUCUCCUCUCCUCCCUCUCCCUCCUUCAUCUCCCUCCUCCCUCCCUCUCACUCCUGUCUUCUCCUCUCCUCCCUCUCACUCCUGUCUAUCUCCUCUCCUGUCUAUCUCUCUCCUCCCUCUCACUCCUGUCUAUCUCCUCUCCUCCCUCUCACUCCUGUCUAUCUCCUCUCCUCCCUCUCACUCCUGUCUAUCUCCUCUCCUCCCUCUCACUCCUGUCUAUCUCCUCUCCUCUCACCGACUCCUCCUCAUUGUCUAUCUCUCUCUCCUCACCGUCUCACUCCUGUCGUAUCUCCCUCCUCCCUCUCACUCCUGUCUAUCUCCUCUCCUCCCUCUCACUCCUGUCUAUCUCCUCUCCUCCCUCUCACUCCUGUCUAUCUCCUCUCCUCCCUCUCACUCCUGUCUAUCUCCUCUCCUCCCUCUCACUCCUGUCUAUCUCCUCUCCUCCCUCUCACUCCUGUCUAUCUCCUCUCCUCCCUUUCUUUUUCUCAACAACAAGUAUCUGUUCACAGGAAGUUGAAGUUUAGCAGUGGGGUGGAGCUUUGUGUGCAGCAGCUACUGAGAGAAGAGGAUCUUGGGUAAGCCUGGGGUUAUUCUACUGUCAUUGGUCAGUUAAGCAGAUACCAGAAACAUGAUUACUGGAUGUGUUGUUAUCCCUCCCCUGCUCUUUUCUUCCUCUCCCUCCAUCGUAUUGCCCUGUUUCCCCCCUCCCCCAGUCCUAAGGAGGUGUUGCUGCGUGUCCAGAUGGGGGUGCCUGGGGAGAGGAGUUACUACCCUCCAGAGGACCUGGUCUGGGAUGCUUCUCGAGACCCUUCCCCCAGAUCGCUACGCUCUGCCCUGGCCUCAACAUACGGCGUCUCUCCUGACUCCCUGCUACUGGCCAAGCACCAGCCACACACACACACCUGGGAGACUUUCUCCAACUGGGUAAGAGAUGUGGAGGAUUGGAGGGAGGAUGAAGACACUUAGCUAAAUGUAAGCCUGAUGCUUUGUUGUCACACUCCUAUGGUUUCUUUUAUGAUUCUUCCUGGCGCUUGUUGAUGAUGCGUGCACACAGAGCCAGCAGGUGUCCAAACGGAAGAAGAAGAAAAAGGCGGAGUCUCUGCUUGGAGCACCUUUCCACCUUAAAGACGGUGACAUCAUCGGUGUCAAGGUAACGAACGCAUCUCUGUGGUUCAUCGUAUUGGUUGCGUUCCAGCCUGCUCUGCUUUAAUUGGACAGAACUUGCUUAUUGAAUGUGACACGGCUUUCUGAUUGGAUAAUACUUGGACAGUAACAUGGUGUUUUCUGAUUGGACAGAACCUGUUGAUUGACAAUAACCGGGACUUUAGCACCCAACAGGAUGAGCAGAGGUUGAGGGAGGAGAAGGAGCAACGCAGGAAAGGGUGGGGCUUCUUACAAGAUGCAAUGAGACUCAGGUCACAGUGUUGACACUGCUUUUCGUGUAUGACAUUAGCUUUACAAAAAAGUGUAUUUAUAGUUACAAAGUUAUUAUAAAUAAAUACUUAAGUAAAUGUAUGCAUUUUACAUUAAUACUAUUUCCUCUUUCCUCCUGUAGAGGGCAGGGUGCUGGGGCUGAAGUUGAGACUAACCAAGGGGCGGGACCAGAGAAGAAGAUGGGGCCCAUCAAGGCCAGGAAGCCAGAGGUGGCCUUGUCAAUCAACGUGGGGGUGUUCAGAUAGCCCCCCCUUACACACACACAAACACAUACAGUACACAUGCACACACACACACAGACUUUCUCACUGUGGCGUCGCUCAACAUAAUGAGCAAUCUUCUGGACAUCUGUUUGUGUGCCAACAUUUUUGGAUAAUGUGUUCACACAGCAUGACCCCCAUAGAUCUGCUAUCUACUGCUAUUGUAGGUCUGGUGGUGGGAUGACUUACUGGUUCACUAUACAGACCUCUGUGUACUCAGUGUUACAAGCUGCUGUCUCUGACUCUCCUUCCAUCUCUGUCACUGUACCUCUGGAUCCCUUCUCCCCUCUAGAUGAGAUCCAAUAGGAACAAGUAUUUCCACUCAUAGUACUGGGUGUAUUACAUAUAUAUAUAUAUAUAUA